AUGAACGUUGUUAUCUAAUCCCUAUGGCAUCUAUAUUCUUUUAGAGAGAAUUUUAUGAGCUAUAAGAAUCACAGGCAUUCAGAUAAGGAAAUAUACCUAAGAGUCAGAAAAGCAGCCAUAAUUAGAGAGAGAAGAGGCUCUGUCUCUGAUUUUAAUAUAAAGCCUUAACCUACUUCUCAUACUUAGAAUUAGGAUGACUAGAGUUAAGUACAAUAGUUUGAUUAAUUAAGAAAGAGUGAUGUUAAAGAAGAAAGUAAAGAUGAUCUUUAAAAUCUUAAUAACAGAAGACUUCCGAUGGACGAUUUAUUUACGAAAGAAGAUCUAGAGAAGCUUAAGCAAGAAAUUGAGUUUAAAUUUGAUAAAGAAGUUAUUAAAACUGUAAAAUAGUCAGAUGUUUGCUUGUAUUGCAAUCUACUAGAUCUCUUUACUAAGUACGAAUAUGAUCAAGGAAAAGUGCUUGAACCGAAAAAAGUCAGGCAAAGUUUAGAGCAAAUUUUCUUGGAUCAAAAUGAAGACUUUAAAGAUGGAAAAAUGGGGUGUGCUCAAGAGACUCUCGAGGGUAUACUUAAUUAUCUCCAUCGGGAGUAUUUGUUUCCUAACUAUAUUGAGUAGUAUCUGCUCAUGGAUAAGGACAAUAAAUUCAAGCUCGAUAUGGAUCUAGACGGUACUGGUUGCUCACCAAAAUGCCCGGCUCAUUAAACCUUUGGAUUAGAUGUUUGUUUGAUCUCACUUUGCAAAUCAUGCAAGGUUUUAGAUGAUGUAUAAUAGAUUAAAAGGGAACUAGUGCACUAAGUAUAUGUGAGUGAGCUUUUCCAAACUAUUAAAGAAUAUAAAUUAGAAAAUGAUUUCACUAGAAUCUUAAAAUAAAUUAUUGUUGGAGAAUCUGACUUUCAUUCAUAAUUUUAGGAACCCAGCAUAUGCUCGCAAUGUAAAAUACCUCAAAAGAUUUAGGAUAAGUGGUUACUAGAAAUACCUAAUAUCUAUACGUUCAAUUUUUAGUAUAGCUACAUAGAUGAAGAUAGUUCGUAGUCAAGGAGUAUUAUUAAGGAUCUGUUUAAUAUAAUCCCGAAUAAAAUUGAUCUAAAAUCUUUUCUAAUGGUCAGUGAAAAGAGCUACUAAAACACAGUAUUCAUUUUAAGAGGGAUGAUAACUUAUUAUGGUAAACAUUACAUAUCCUAUUUUUAUUCCUAAAAACACGAUACUUGGGUUCAGUUCAACGAUCAAUCUUUGAAGUCUAUUGGAAAUUUCUAGGAGGUAAUGAGACGCUGCAUAAAUGGUAAGCAAUAGCCAACUACACUCUUCUAUGAGAACUAAGAAGUGAUAAUAAAUGUAAUAGAUACAAAAACCUCUGAAAAAGAUGCUAAAAUGCAUAAGAAAAGAGAAAAGAGAUAUUAUUUCACUGAUAAGUCUCUUUAAAAGAAUAACUUCUGGAUCUAUACACCCAAAGAUGGAGGGAAAAGUAAUUGUAGUUUAUUUUAGUGA